GGAGUCACUCUGCAGUAAAACGCUGUCGAUGGGUGUUGAGUAGCCUUCGUCGGCAGGGCGGUUGCUAUAAGCAUACCUUCUAUGGUAUUGAGAGUCAUCGGUGUAUGGAGUCGACAACCAGCGUGGCAUGUGCUAAUCGAUGUACAUUCUGUUGGCGUGGGAGUACCCAUCCGAACGCUCUCAAAUGGGGAUCUUUUGAG